AUGGACUCUGCUCUGGAAGACGAGUGUCAAGCAAUAAACGCAAUCUACUCCGCAGAUACACUAUCAGUCCUAUCCCACGACCCAAUCAUCUGCUCCCUAAACCUACCCGGAGAAGUCAAUAUAUCAUUGCGACUCGAGUUCCCAUCAGACUACCCUGAUGCACCCCCUUCGAUCCUGGGCACCCAAUCCGUGGGUGAUAAUGUUGCAAAAGGCCAAGGCUCCCACGCCGUCGACCUUGCAAGGGAAGUUCUCGCCGAAGUCUAUCAGCCAGGAUCACCAUGUAUCUUUGAUCUCGUCGAGGAAGUCAACCAGAGACUUCAGCAGUACGAGCAGCAAAGCAGCCAAAGUCAAGGGCAUCAAGAGCAACAAGAUGCUCAAAGGAGAGGUCAGCAACACUCUGACGACGAUGCAUCCGACACUCUUCCUGACGAACUGCAGUCGCUAGACUUGCUCCCCUCGGACAAGGAACCACCCUGGAUCAUCUCCGACCCAUUCACAGAGAAGAAGUCAGUCUUUGUUGCUAGAGCGGCCGUGGUGUCCUCGCCUGCAGAAGCAAAGUCAUUCUUAGCACAUUUGCUUGCUACAGACAAGAAAGUCGCCAAAGCUUCACAUAACAUCACGGCGUGGCGUAUUCAUGGACCUAAUGAGACUGCAUUCCAGGAUUGUGAUGAUGAUGGAGAGACGGCUGCGGGUGGAAGAUUGCUGCAUCUCAUGCAGUUGAUGGAUAUCUGGGAUGUCAUGGUUGUGGUGACGAGAUGGUAUGGCGGUGUGCAUUUGGGUCCUGAUCGAUUCAGAUUGAUCAAUACUGCUGCGAGAGAUGCCUUUGUCAAGGGCGGUUAUGUCAAAGACUCAAGUAAACCUGACACCAAUAGUAAGAAGAAGGGCAAGAAAUAG